AUGCUUCGAGACUGCCUUGAUGGUUACGCCAGACACGGUGAGCGGGACAUGCUGAGUACGGCGGAGGAAGUGCUCAUGACCGCCGAGGAGCUGCUGCGCCGGAUCACCGAACUGGCCAUCCUGCACGAGCAGUCUGACGAGGCAUUCCUCGACUCGAUCGGUCGUCGAGGCAAACCUGGUACUUUCACGUCGGAUGUGGACGGUGGCUUGCUGGUGCAGGCCUUGCGCUCGCCGGAUUUCCGGGAGAAGGGCGGACUGACUCGUUGUCUGAUCUCGUCCAGGCUCUUGGUCUCCGGCCUCCUAGAGUCCGUGGUUGGGGAGCUGACAUGCUGGCGCUCUCAUCCCAGCGAGAGCGACCUCCAGGCCUGGAGGCGAUGGGACAAGACGUAUGAGCGCCUGGCUUCGCGCGUGGCCGCAGUGCAACAGGCAGAGAGUGCGAAGAGGGCCGUCCCCACAGCCGACCCCAAGGCAGUGCGAUGGCGUUGCCUUGAGGCCGCGCAGCAAUGCGAUGCAGCGGACGGCGUGCAGAUCACGGAAUGUUUUGCCGGCCGCACGGCGGCUUGUGCUCCCAUGUGUGGCUACGGGCAGACAAUGCCAAGUUGA